GACUAAGCUACACAGAGCAACUCUGGCGUCACUUCCGGAAGGUGCGCGAAACAGCCUGUAUUUCCGGGAAAAGAGCCGACUCGGGGGGGUCAUGAGUUGGAUUCCGUUCAAGAUCGGGCAGCCUAAAAAACAGAUUGUACCCAAGACAGUUGAGAAAGAUUUUGAACGGGAGUAUGGAAAGCUUCAACAGCUGGAAGAUCAGACUAAGAAGCUUCAGAAGGACAUGAAGAAAAGCACAGAUGCAGACCUAGCAAUGUCGAAGUCAGCUGUAAAAAUCUCUUGUGACCUGCUGUCCAACCCUCUCUGUGAGCAAGAUCCUAAAUUUCUGGAGAUGGUGACAGCUUUGGACACUGCAAUGAAGAGAAUGGAUUCUUUUAACCAAGAGAAGGUGAACCAGAUCCAAAAGACGGUCAUAGAGCCCUUGAAAAAGUUCAGUGGCGUCUUCCCCAGCCUGAACAUGGCAGUGAAGCGACGUGAACAGACUCUGCAGGAUUACAAGCGGCUGCAGUCCAAGGUGGAGAAGUAUGAAGAGAAGGAUAAGACGGGACCCAUCCUGGCCAAGCUGCAUCAGGCGCGGGAAGAACUGAGGCCAGUGAAAGAGGAUUUUGAGGCCAAGAACAAGCAGCUUUUGGAAGAGAUGCCCAAAUUUUAUAGCAGUCGGAUUGACUACUUUAAGCCAAGCUUUGAAUCGUUGAUUCGGGCUCAGGUUGUGUAUUACACUGAAAUGUACAAAAUCUUUGGAGACUUGACGGAACAACUUGAUGAGCCUGGCCCGACCGAUGAAGAGCGGGAGAAGGAGAACGAAGCCAAGCUGAAUGAACUGAGGGCCCUCUCAAUUGUGGCAGAUGACUGACCUCCAAAGGAUACAGCCUUGGAGACGACUCUUGCAAGAGCGGACUAACCACUCCGUUGUUGCUGUUUCACAGAAAGCUCCACUUCCAGUUCUCCAAAGACUUGGGCCUUUUACUUUUAAGCUCAUGCAGAUAUGCUAUUUUAAUCCAGGUGGAGGGAGGGUACUUGCAGCACUUCUCAAGGUCGCCCUGAAACAUGUUGGAUGGAGGAGCUAUGAAUGUUUUUCAGCCUAAGGUCUGUGGCUGUAGUUUCUGCAGUGCCUUAACACAGCUAGUCAAACUGGGAUGCCACCACUUCCAUGCUCCUAACUGCUGCUGCUUUCUUCCAUGGUGCACAGAGGUCAUCUGUUCCAGUAGGGAUCCUCAACCACUACAGCUACAUCAUUUUUUCUUUUGUAUCUUACUAGGUUGGCUACUGUCAAGCUAUGAUUGAGCUGUUAUGCCUUUAAAAGAGACUGUCAGUACUCAGUGCCAUUUUCUAGAACUCCAAGGUUUGGCGGUCUGUAUGGACUAGGAGGAUGUUUGGUACAGAGUAAAAUAUGCUGUUGUGUUUUGUCAAAGUGUAAUCACUGUGGCCAAGGACAUAGGUAAGGCGGGGUAUCUCGGGUUCAACUCCCUCAUUACAUGUCCGAAGCUCCACCCCCUUUUGUGGGUUUUUUGUAUUUUUAAUGUUAUUUCGGUUUUUGGCCUGCAGGGGGCGCAGUUUUUAGGCUAGCAGCAUCAAAAUUUCAGGGAUUUGU